CUCCUGUGCUUGGCACUCCACUUCUCCCUCGUUCUCGGGCAGUUCGGGUUCUUUGAACAGAUGUUUGGUGGACAUCAACAGCAACAGCACAAACCUGCUGGCGGCAUGGGGCAGUGGCAGGCACAUUCUGAUGCAGUUCCAUGCUCGACCUACCUCUGCCCGGACACCCUCGUCUGCGUCUCGCAGCCAUCGGACUGCCCCUGCCCCGAUGUACAGGACGUCAAAUGUCUCAUCCCCGAUGCACAGGACGAGGGGGCCUCGACAAUCGUGUGCGUGAGGGGCCAGGACGAGUGCGCAGACGUGGUGCGCUUGUCUCACAAGAUCUGAGCACCGACGGUCGGACUCCGUGUCAAAGUGGGUCCAUUUGGCGUCGAUGUGUCAUGCAUCAUUGAUGAGAUCCUGACUGCCAUUUCACCUUCCCACCCCGCACAUAUGGCAAUACGGACAGCACGCACGCCGAAGUGGGACUAGGAUCGGGUGGUCGUAGCUCCGCGGAGGUCGCGCUCGGUUUGCGGGGUGUUACAGUGACGGCUCCAAGCCAGAUUCCGCAACAAAUCGCGCCCUGUUUUCUGCGCCGAUGAGCUCCUUUGGCCCUGUAAGAGGCACGUAACGGAACCC